AUGGGAGACGACAGGCCGUUUGUGUGCAAUGCCCCCGGCUGCGGACAGAGGUUUACGAACGAGGACCACCUGGCGGUUCAUAAACACAAGCAUGAGAUGACAUUGAAAUUCGGCCCUGCUCGCACCGACUCAGUCAUCAUCGCAGAUCAGACCCCGACCCCAACCCGGUUCCUGAAGAACUGUGAGGAGGUGGGACUCUUCAAUGAACUGGCCAGCUCCUUCGAGCACGAGUUCAAGAAAGCUGCCGAGGAUGAUGAGAAAAAGGCAAGAGGCAAAGGCCACCGCGCCGGAGCCCUGGACAUGUCCCUGCCCUCCACCCCGGACAUCAAGAUCAAGGAGGAGGAGCCGGUGGAGGUGGAUUCUUCUCCGCCCGACAGCCCCGCGUCUGACCCGCAGUCGCCAAAACGCAAGGAGAAGGAGAUCACCUCCAAGCCCGUCAUCAUUUCUACGCCUACUCCAACCAUCGUGCGGCCGGGCUCGCUGCCGCUACACCUGGGUUAUGACCCGCUCCACCCCACGCUGCCUUCCCCAACCUCUGUCAUUACCCAGGCUCCCCCCUCCAACAGACAGCUCGGGUCUCCCACAGGGUCCCUUCCACUCGUCGUGCAGCUCGCAAAUGGACAGACCAUGCCCGUCCUCCCCGGCCCUCCCGUGCAGAUGCCUUCUGUCAUAUCGCUGGCGCGGCCGAUGGCCAUGGUGCCCAACAUUCCCGGGAUUCCUGGGCCGCCCAUCAACAGCAGCGGGUCCCUGUCGCCGUCAGGACUUCCAGUGCACUCUGAAGCCAAAAUGAGGCUGAAGGCCAGCUUGACGGCGUCUUCCUCACUGAACGGCAGCAACCUGGUGGUGGGCUCAGCCAGCACGAUGGUGACUGCACGUCCGGAGCAGAGCCAGAUACUGGUCCAGCACCCAGAUGCCCCUUCCCCAGCUCAGCCACAGGUGUCCCCUGCCCAGCCCACCCCCAGCACCGGUGGGCGACGGAGGCGCACGGUGGACGAAGACCCCGACGAGCGCCGGCAGCGUUUCCUGGAGCGCAACCGGGCCGCGGCGUCGCGCUGCCGGCAGAAACGCAAGCUCUGGGUGUCCUCCCUGGAGAAGAAAGCAGAGGAGCUCACAACCCAGAACAUCCAGCUGAGCAAUGAGGUGACGCUACUGAGGAACGAAGUUGCUCAACUGAAACAGCUCCUGCUGGCCCACAAGGACUGCCCCGUCACUGCACUACAGAAGAAAACACAGGGCUAUCUCGAAAGCCCAAAGGAGAGCUCGGAGCCCACCGGCUCCCCCGCUGCCGUCAUCCAGCACAGCUCCGUGACGGGGUCCCCCAACGGGCUCAGCGUGCGCUCGGCGGCGGAGGCGGUGGCCACCUCGGUGCUGACGCAGAUGGCCAGCCAAAGGACAGAGCUGAGCGGGCCCGUGCCCUCGCACGUCAUCAUGGCUCCACAGUCGCAGUCUGCAGGCAGAUGA